AUGGCGCGCGGCUCCGGCGCGCGCGCCUAGCUGGCGGGACCGUUAGCUCGAGGCGGACGCGGCCCGGGCCCCGCGGGGAUGGAGCAGUCGCCGCCGCCUGCGCCUGAGCCCACACCGGGGCCGACCCCGGCACGGAGCCGUAGGCGGCGGGAGCCAGAGUCGCCGCCGGCGCCGGCGCCGAUUCCUCUCUUUGGUGCUAAGACUAUUGGUCGGAGAAGUCCCGAUGGACCAGUGUUGAGCAAAGCUGAAUUUGUUGAGAAGGUUCGUCAGAGUAACCAGGCCUGUCAUGAUGGUGAUUUUCACACAGCUAUUGUUCUGUACAAUGAAGCCCUGGCUGUUGACCCACAGAACUGCAUCUUAUACAGCAAUAGAUCUGCAGCCUAUAUGAAAAUCCAGCAGUAUGACAAGGCACUGGAUGAUGCAAUCAAAGCUCGACUUCUCAAUCCCAAAUGGCCAAAGGCAUACUUCCGACAGGGUGUUGCCCUCCAGUACCUCGGACGUCAUGCCGAUGCCCUGGCAGCCUUUGCAUCUGGACUGGCUCAGGACCCCAAGAGUCUCCAGCUUCUGGUGGGGAUGGUAGAAGCUGCCAUGAAAUCUCCCAUGAGAGAUUCCCUCGAGCCCACUUAUCAGCAGCUUCAGAAAAUGAAACUGGACAAGAGUCCCUUUGUGGUUGUGUCUGUGGUUGGACAGGAACUCCUGACAGCUGGCCAUCAUGGGGCCUCUGUGGUUGUCUUAGAAGCUGCUCUCAAGAUUGGCACCUGCAGCCUCAAACUGAGAGGUUCUGUUUUCUCUGCCCUGAGCAGUGCUUACUGGUCUCUUGGAAACACAGAGAAGAGUACCGGAUACAUGCAACAGGACUUGGAUGUAGCCAAGACCUUAGGUGACCAGACAGGAGAAUGCCGAGCUCAUGGGAAUCUGGGCUCUGCAUUCUUCUCCAAAGGAAAUUAUCGGGAGGCUCUCACUAACCACAGGCAUCAGUUGGUGCUCGCCAUGAAACUCAAGGAUCGAGAGGCAGCUUCAUCAGCCCUGAGCAGUCUGGGCCACGUGUACACAGCCAUUGGAGACUACCCCAAUGCACUGGCCAGUCACAAACAGUGUGUUCUUCUGGCCAAGCAAUCCAAAGAUGAGCUUUCUGAGGCACGAGAACUCGGCAACAUGGGAGCUGUGUAUAUUGCCAUGGGUGACUUUGAGAAUGCUGUGCAGUGCCAUGAGCAGCAUCUGAAGAUAGCCAAGGAUCUGGGGAACAAGCGAGAAGAGGCCCGGGCCUACAGCAACCUGGGCAGUGCCUAUCACUACAGGAGGAACUUUGACAAGGCCAUGUCUUACCACAACUAUGUGCUGGAGCUGGCACAGGAAUUAAUGGAGAAGGCAAUUGAAAUGCGGGCCUAUGCUGGCCUGGGCCAUGCUGCCAGGUGUAUGCAGGAUUUGGAGCGGGCUAAACAGUACCAUGAGCAGCAGCUGGGCAUUGCUGAGGAUCUCAAGGACCGGGCUGCAGAGGGGCGAGCAUCCUCAAAUCUCGGAAUCAUACACCAGAUGAAAGGCGAUUAUGAUACUGCUCUGAAACUCCACAAGACCCACCUGUGUAUCGCCCAGGAGCUGAGUGACUAUGCUGCCCAGGGCCGUGCUUAUGGGAACAUGGGCAAUGCUUACAACGCUCUGGGCAUGUUCGACCAGGCUGUCAAGUACCACCGGCAAGAGCUGCAGAUCUCCAUGGAAGUGAAUGACCGCGCCUCACAGGCAUCCACACAUGGCAAUCUGGCUGUGGCUUACCAGGCCCUGGGUGCCCAUGACCGGGCCCUGCAACAUUAUCAGAACCACCUGAACAUUGCUCGGGAGCUUCGUGACAUCCAGAGUGAGGCCCGGGCCCUCAGCAACCUGGGCAACUUCCACUGCUCUCGGGGGGAGUAUGUCCAGGCUGCUCCAUAUUAUGAACAAUACCUCCGGCUUGCUCCUGACCUCCAAGACAUGGAAGGAGAAGGGAAGGUCUGCCACAAUCUUGGCUAUGCCCAUUACUGCCUUGGAAAUUACCAGGAGGCGGUAAAAUACUAUGAGCAGGAUCUGGCACUGGCCAAAGACCUUCAUGACAAAUUGAGCCAGGCGAAAGCUUACUGCAACUUGGGCCUAGCAUUCAAGGCUCUGUUGAAUUUCAGCAAAGCUGAAGAGUGUCAAAAGUACCUAUUGUCCUUAGCCCAGUCCCUGAAUAAUUCCCAGGCUAAAUUUCGAGCCCUGGGGAACCUGGGUGAUAUAUUCAUCUGUAAAAAAGAUAUAAAUGGUGCAAUAAAAUUCUAUGAGCAGCAGCUGGGCUUAGCUCACCAUGUAAAGGACAGAAGACUGGAAGCCAGUGCAUAUGCAGCCCUGGGCACAGCAUACCGGAUGAUCCAGAAAUAUGACAAGGCCUUGGGUUAUCACACACAGGAAUUGGAGGUAUAUCAGGAGCUGAGUGACUUGCCGGGGGAGUGCAGAGCACAUGGGCAUCUGGCUGCUGUCUACAUGGCCCUUGGGAAAUAUACAAUGGCAUUCAAGUGUUAUGAAGAGCAGCUGGAUCUGGGGCAAAAGUUGAAGGACCCUAGCCUGGAAGCCCAGGUCUAUGGCAACAUGGGAAUCACAAAGAUGAACAUGAAUGUGAUGGAAGAAGCCAUUGGCUACUUUGAGCAGCAGUUGGCCAUGCUACAGCAGCUAAGUGGAAAUGAGUCUGUGCUCGACAGGGGCCGGGCCUAUGGCAAUCUGGGGGAUUGCUAUGAGGCUCUGGGUGACUACGAGGAAGCUAUCAAGUAUUAUGAACAGUAUUUAUCUGUUGCCCAGAGUCUGAAUCGCAUGCAAGACCAAGCCAAGGCUUACCGGGGCCUAGGAAAUGGACACAGGGCAAUGGGGAGCUUGCAGCAAGCCCUUGUGUGCUUUGAAAAGAGGCUUGUGGUCGCCCAUGAGCUCGGGGAGGCCUUUAAUAAAGCCCAGGCCUAUGGAGAGCUAGGAAGUCUACACAGCCAAUUAGGGAAUUACGAACAAGCCAUUUCCUGCCUUGAACGCCAGCUGAACAUUGCUAGAGAGAUGAAAGACCGAGCCCUGGAAAGUGAUGCGGCCUGUGGCCUAGGUGGUGUUUACCAGCAGAUGGGGGAAUAUGAUACAGCCCUGCAGUACCACCAGCUUGAUCUGCAGAUAGCAGAGGAAACCAACAACCCCACAUGCCAGGGGCGAGCCUACGGGAACUUGGGCCUGACAUAUGAAUCCCUGGGCACCUUUGAGAGGGCUGUAGUCUAUCAGGAACAGCACUUGAGCAUCGCUGCACAGAUGAAUGACUUGGUGGCCAAGACAGUGUCGUAUAGUAGCCUCGGAAGGACCCAUCAUGCCUUGCAGAACUAUUCCCAGGCGGUUAUGUAUUUACAGGAAGGUUUAAGGUUAGCUGAGCAACUGGGCCGAAGAGAAGAUGAAGCCAAAAUUCGCCAUGGUCUUGGCCUCUCCCUUUGGGCUAGUGGGAACCUGGAGGAGUCUCAACAUCAGCUCUACAGGGCAUCGGCCUUGUUUGAAACAAUCCGACAUGAGGCGCAGCUGAGCACAGACUACAAACUCUCCCUCUUUGACCUGCAGACUUCAUCCUACCAGGCCUUGCAGCGGGUGCUCGUCAGCCUGGGCCAUCAUGAUGAAGCCCUGGCUGUGGCAGAAAGAGGACGGACGAGGGCAUUUGCUGAUCUACUGGUAGAACGACAAACAGGACAACAGGACUCCGACCCCUACUCCCCAGUCACUAUUGAUCAGAUCUUAGAGGUGGUUAAUGGCCAGAGGGGACUAGUGCUUUACUAUUCCCUGGCUGCAGGCUACCUGUAUAGCUGGCUGCUUGCUCCUGGGGCAGGAAUUCUGAAGUUUCAUGAACAUUACCUGGGUGAUAGCACAGUGGAAAACUCCAGUGACUUCCAGGCUGGCAGCAGCGCGGCUCUUCCAACAUCCACCAGCUCGGCCCUGGAGCAGCACAUCGCCAGUGUGAGAGAGGCCCUGGGGGUGGAGUCUUACUACUCGAGGGCCUGUGCUAGCAGUGAGACCGAGAGUGAAGCUGGAGACAUCAUGGACCAGCAGUUCGAAGAGAUGAACAACAAGCUUAACUCUGUCACUGACCCCACUGGCUUUCUGCGGAUGGUUCGCCGCAACAAUCUUUUCAACAGGAGCUGCCAAAGCAUGACGAGCUUGGUCAGCAACACCAUGUCGCCGAUCAAGGACGGGACCUCCUCUCUCCCCAGGAGGCAGAGCUCCUUCGCCAGGCCCCCACUCCGUGCUCUAUAUGACCUGCUCAUAGCGCCCAUGGAAGGGGGCCUGAUGCACUCCAGCGGCCCCGUGGGCCGGCACCGGCAGCUGGUCCUGGUUCUGGAGGGGGAGCUCUACCUCAUUCCUUUCGCCCUCCUGAAGGGAAGCUCCUCCAACGAGUACCUGUACGAGCGCUUCGCCCUCAUCGCCGUCCCCUCCAUCCGCUCCCUGGGCCCACAGUCCAAGUCUCACCUGAGGAAGAACCCGCCCACAUACUCCAGCUCCACGUCCAUGGCGGCCGUUGUCGGUAACCCCAAGCUCCCGUCAGCAGUGAUGGACAGGUGGCUGUGGGGGCCCAUGCCGUCGGCCGAGGAGGAAGCGUACAUGGUGUCAGAGCUGCUGGGCUGCCAGCCCCUGGUGGGCAGCGUGGCCACCAAAGAAAGGGUCAUGAGUGCCCUGACGCAGGCAGAGUGCGUCCACUUUGCUACCCACAUCUCCUGGAAACUGUCGGCCCUGGUCCUCACACCCAGCGUGGACAGCAACCCCGCCGGCAGCAAGAGCUCCUUUGGCCACCCCUACACGAUCCCCGAGUCCCUGCGGGUGCAGGACGAUGCCAGCGAUGGGGAGAGCAUCUCGGACUGCCCGCCCCUGCAGGAGCUGCUGCUCACGGCGGCCGACGUCCUGGACCUGCGGCUUCCUGUGAAGCUGGUGGUCCUCGGCUCCUCGCAGGAGUCCAGCAGCAAGGUCACCGCUGACGGGGUCGUCGCGCUGACGCGGGCCUUCCUGGCUGCCGGCGCCCAGUGUGUUCUCGUGUCUCUGUGGCCUGCGCCUGUGGCUGCUUCCAAGAUGUUUCUCCACGCCUUCUACUCCUCCCUGCUGAAUGGCCUGAAAGCCAGCGCCGCCCUGGGGGAGGCCAUGAAGGUGCUGCAGAGCAGCAAGGCCUUCUCACACCCUUCCAACUGGGCAGGGUUCACACUCAUCGGGAGUGACGUUAAACUGAAUAGUCCCUCGUCGCUCAUCGGCCAGGCCCUCACGGAGAUCCUCCAGCACCCAGAGCGUGCCCGGGACGCCCUGCGAGUGCUGCUGCACCUGGUGGAGAAGUCCCUGCAGCGCAUCCAGAAUGGGCAGCGCAAUGCCAUGUACACGUCCCAGCAGAGUGUUGAGAACAAAGUGGGUGGCAUCCCUGGCUGGCAGGCCCUCCUCACUGCUGUGGGCUUCCGGCUGGACCCCCCUGCCAGUGGCCUGCCGGCGGCCGUCUUCUUCCCAACCUCCGACCCGGGUGACCGGCUCCAGCAGUGCAGCAGCACCAUCCAGUCCCUGCUGGGUCUGCCCAACCCUGCCCUCCAAGCCCUCUGCAAGCUCAUCACUGCCUCGGAGACUGGCGAGCAGCUCAUCAGCCGGGCUGUUAAAAAUAUGGUUGGAAUGCUCCACCAGGUGCUGGUCCAGCUGCAGGCCGGUGAGAAGGAGCAGGACUUCACCUCGGCCCCCAUCCAGGUCUCCAUCAGCGUGCAGCUCUGGCGGCUCCCAGGCUGCCACGAAUUCCUGGCGGCUCUAGGGUUCGAUCUCUGUGAAGUUGGUCAGGAAGAAGUCAUCCUGAAGACAGGGAAACAAGCCAAUCGGCGAACCAUGCACUUUGCCCUCCAGUCUCUGCUUGCGCUCUUCGAUUCUACUGAGCUGCCCAAGCGCCUCAGCCUGGACAGCUCGUCCUCCCUGGAGUCUCUGGCCUCCGCCCAGUCUGUCUCCAACGCCCUGCCCUUGAGCUACCAGCACCCACCCUUCUCCCCCACCGGCGCUGACAGCAUCGCCUCCGACGCCAUCUCCGUGUACAGCCUGAGCUCCAUCGCCUCCUCCAUGAGCUUCGUCUCCAAGCCCGAGGCCGGGUCGGAGGCGGGGGGCGCCCGCGGCCGGCAGGACUACGACCGGCCCCAGAACGCCUACCCUCUGCGCUCCACUCUGCCCCGGGGCCCGCUGUGCCCCCAGCCCCGCCCUGCGGGGAGCAAGGAGGAGGAGGAGUACGAGGGCUUCUCCAUCAUCAGCACCGAGCCCCUGGCGGCCUACCAGGAAAGCAGGCAGGCGCGCGCCUCACCAGAUCACAAGCCGGCCCGAGUCGUGGCGGCUGGAGGUGUCCAGGUUUCCGUGAGCUCCAAGGGGAGCAUGAGCACCCCGAAUUCUCCAGUGAAGAUGACUCUGAUCCCCAGCCCCAACUCCCCCUUCCAAAAGGUCGGAAAACUGGCCAGCUCAGAUACGGGAGAAUCAGACCAGUCCAGCACAGAAACGGACAGCACCGUCAAGUCCCAAGAAGAAAGCAGCCCCAAGCUAGAUCCGCAGGAGCUGGCCCAGAAGAUUCUGGAGGAGACGCAGAGUCACCUCCUGGCGGUGGAGCGCCUCCAGAGGGGCGGCGGCCCGGCCGGCAGGAGCUGCAGCCCCGAGGACCGGCCCGCGGCGCCCGGCGGCGCCCCCGGCUUCAGGGCGUCCGAGACCAGCGCCUUCAGCAGGCCGGCCCCCUGCCACCCCAAGAGCCAGGCGUCGCCGGCCCCGGCCCCCGCGAGACCAAAGCCCCCCGCCAGGAGCUCGUCGCUCCCCCAGGUGAGCUCCGGGCACAGCAGCCCCGCGGGGCCCGAGUCCGCCAAGGGCAGCCCCGGCCUGCGCGGCGGCCCGGCGCCCGGCGCCGACCCCCAGACCUCGCUGCCCGACCAGCCUCUCUUUAAACUCAAGUAUCCCAGCUCCCCGUACAGCGCCCACAUUUCCAAGUCCCCCAGGAACGCGUCCCCAAGCUCAGGCCAGCAGUCUCCCGCCGGGAGCGCGCCGUCCCCCGCCCUGUCCUACUCCUCGGCCGGUUCUGCGCGCUCCAGCCCCGCCGACGCCCCCGACGCGGACAAGCUGAGGACGGCGGCGGUCGACGAGAAGGUGCAGGCCGUGCACAACCUGAAGAUGUUCUGGCAGAGCGCGCCCCCGCACCCCGCGGGCCCCGCCAAGGCCCUGCGCGGCGCCCCUGGCACGAUGACCUCCAGGCGGGACGUCCUCAGCCUGCUGAACUUGUCGCCGCGGCACAAGAAGGAGGAGGGCGCGGACAAGCUGGAGCUGCAGGAGCUGCCCCUGCGGCCGCCCGCCGCGCCCCCGCGGGCGCCCCCCAACGGCCACUGGCGCACGGGGCCCUCGGCGCUGAGCGCGCUGCCGCCCGCCGCGCCAGCCGCGCGCCCUCUGAGGCUGCCCUCCGGGAACGGCUACAAGUUUCUGUCCCCGGGAAGAUUCUUUCCCUCCUCCAAAUGCUAAAGCAUCCUGUCCCGCGGACCCCGCGCCCCGGUGCAGCCGCCGCAGAGGGACGCGGGCGUCCGCUCGCCCCGCAGCGCCGUCUCCCCACGCAACCGCCGGCCGCCUCCCGGGCGCGCGCUCGGCUCCGCGGGUCGUUCUCCACCUUGGGCUCCCUGCUGCUCCGCUCUGCUGCGAUUCUCCUGCAGGAUUUUUGUACAAAAACGGUCAUAGUUCUGGGGUGGGGAGAGGAAAGGGAGCACAUAUUUUGCUAAGAGGUAGAUAUGCAGUACCUUUUAUACACAGAAAUACAAACAGAGCUGUUUUUAAGGCUUUCAGGUGCUGGUUGGGGGUGGGAUGUAUGAAAUCUAAGUUGAAUUCUACACGAAAGUGCACAUCAGCCAAAAACAAUGGUUUUUAAAAUGCCAAUGAUUUGCCAUUAAACUGUAGCGAUUUUUGGGCUUACGAUUAUCGUGACAUCACAGUAGCAAUGCAAUAAUUCACAUUUCAGCAGUGCUUCCAUUCUGAAUUCUGCUCUGCUCCACCUAGCUCUACAAAUGUCCUUGGGGCCCCACUGUCAACCAAACUUGAAUUUUCUUAAAAAUUUUAUGUAACUCUUCUCCAGGCAUUUUAGAACUAUGCAAUUGUGAUUUAAAAUGCAACUUUGUGCUUUUAAAACAUUAUUGACCUUUUUUUGUAUGUGGAUAAACAACCUGGUUUUAUUAUCAAUAGUACUUUGCAUUUAUAGCUAUUAUUUUUAAAAGCUCAAAUUUUUUAAAAUGUCAAAUUUUGAAUAGUCAUCAAUAAGUAAUUAUCAAGUUUGGGGGGGGGGAGGGAAAGGUUGAAAUUAUUCAGUUUCCUUGUAAGUGUAUUAAAAAAAAAAAAAAAUUCUCACAGCUAACUCGACUUAACCAGAAUGGAAUUUCCAGCUCCUGUUCCCUUCAGCAGCUACUUAAUUUUAUUCUUUUCCCAUCUCCAGGCCUCGAACACCUCUCCUCUCUAAAUCCGUUCCCAGGCUCUCACAGCCCAGGAACCCCAUGUCUGCUGCCCCAGGCACCCUCACCGGAGCCGGGACCAGCCCGCUCCCGUCCCACAGCACCCCUGUCCUGUGCGCAGCCUGAGAAGCAGGGGGCCUUAUGCUGGGAUUUUAUGCUCCAGUCAUUGAUGAGCAGGGAAACAGCUGUUCCUGAAAGUGCUGUCCUAGACAAGGCUGGGCGUCCCCUCCAGCCUGCCGUGCCGGCUUCCUGAGUUGUUGCCAGCUAGGCCGAGACAAAAGAUCGCCUAGGUAGGGGUGAGCAUUAACCUAGGAAGAAAUGAAAUGCUAAAAAUCAUACUAGUGCUAACUUUAGUUAGGGAAUUUAAAUAGACCGCUUUUACAUAAUUUGAAAACGAAGACCCUGCUGCCCUCUCCACACAAGGGUGUCACCCAGAGGUGAGCAGCCGCGUACCCACAUCGCAUGGAGUGGACGGGAGAGGCCGGGCAGGAGGGGCUCGAACAGUAAGACCUCACGUAGAGCUUUUACGAGAGGUCCUGCCCAAGGACCUUCUAAACAUGCCUGACCGUGCGCCCUGUUCCUCGGUGUACCCUGGAGAGAGGAGAGGCCCCUAUUCAGUGCGUUCCUCUCCUGAGCUACGUCGUGGUUUUUGCCUUUGCCCCAACAGCCAUACUGGUGAAAGCAGACAAUUAGGAUGUCCCAUUCUAGGCCUGACCCCAACACUGGAAGACAAAUACUUUAUAAAGAAGCAAGCACUUAUGAGGUGUUUUAAGUCAGUAGGGGAAAAAAAACCGGUAAUGAAGUAUCAGAGUAGCAAACGAAAGCGAGUUUAUAGCACUGUGCAUUUAGCAAAAUCAGGUCCUCAGCAACAAAAACUAAACCUCAAUUUCUGAAUCCCUAUGUAGGUAGUUAGGCUGUUCCUUUCUCAGCAAUCUCAGCCUCUUUCCCAAGUGCCAAGGAGCCCCGGAGGACAGGCCUGGGGUCUGUGCUCCCCGUGCGAGUGCACACAUUUGCCCACCUCCUGUACACGCCCCGUCUGCCACCCAGACCGCUUCCUGUGCUUGUGCUUACCGAGCCAGCGAGGAGGUCUCAGUCGACCCCAACUUGGUUUUAGUCCUAAUUACAUUGUUGUUUUAGGUUUCAUGUUGAAAAACCAAAUGGUGUGUGUUUUUGUUUUUUGUCCUAGAUAGAAAAGGUUGAAUGAAAGAAAGCAAACAUGACAAAAUAAUAGGGCCAAUCUCAAAAUCACUGUAGAGUUGCCACCUCUUUAUGUUUACUGUCAGUCUUGGUGUUUUCUUGAUGAGUGAAAUGGAUGUAAAAUCAAAGUAAAUUUUUCCGGCUCCAACCCCUGAAAAAAAUAUAUGCACUUAAUAAUUAUGUGAGACUGUGUAAGUCACAGAUACCUUUGUGUAGAUUGGGGGUUGGCAGGCCAUGACCCACGGGCUAAAUCCGGUCAGAGCCCUGGUUUUUUAUAGCCAUGAGAUAGGAAUGGAUUUUACAGGUUUAAAAAGUUAUGUAAGUACCUGCAUCAUACUCUUGAUUUUGCCUCUUGGCCCACCAAGCCUAAAUUACCUAAUACCUGACCUUUUAAGAAAAAGUUUGCUGACUCCUGGUGUAGGGGACGGACAACACAAUUAGAAUGUUUUGUGUCUACAGUCUAGGGAAAGUGAGUGUCAAGUUGUGGAUAAAAUUGGCAUGCAUGGAACCCCUGAGCCAUGUGGAUAGAAGCAAAUAACUCCUGCAUAGUCCGUGGCUCUUUGCUCCACUUGGAAUGAGCCAUGAAUGUGGGUAAAAUUUACAAAAAAAAAAAAAAAAAAAGAAAGAAAGAAAGAAAGAAAGAAAGAAAGAAAGAAAGAAAGAAAGAAGAAAGAAAGAAAAGAAAACAAAACCCUUUUCCUCACUAUAUGCAGAUAGCAUUGGACAUAUUUCUUUUUCAGCUCAGGAAACUGGAAUGCCCUGCCCCUAUUCUACUCCAUCAGAUGCAAGUACACUGAUCACAAGCAAUAAAAUCUCCCUCUCCUAGAAACCUUGGUAUGACCACAAAGCAAGGUAGUAGAUCCUAUCCUAAUUCUCACCAGUGAACUGCUCGACUGCUUCACUGAUUUUAACUAAAUCAAAGUACCAAAACAAAGUUAGCUGUAAAACUUAUAUUUUGAACCACAUUAGUGUGUAGUGAAAUGAAAAUAUUCUCACCUCCAUCCUGUUUGAAAAAUAUCAUGGUCCACCCUGAUACUCGCUGGGUCUCAGCAGGAGACCAGGUGCUGCACACACUGUCCUCAUCCACUUAUGCUGUUCCAGUGAAUCUCAGCAGGUGGUCACUGGAGCAAGUCCCCAGUAAGGCGCCUGUCCCAUCGCCUCCCACGGUCACUUUGCUGGUUUCAGUUCAGUUUGGAAAAAAUACCACGCAACACUCUGGUUGCUUUUAGUAAGUAGGCAGAGGGUGAAAAUUGCAUAAUUUUCAUCAUAUAUUUUGUUGUUUUAUCUAAAAUGACUGUAACACAUGUGGUUUGUGAACUGGGCCCCCGUUUGUAACAGAUCUUUCAAAAAUGUUCCAUGUAAGGACACAUGCGGUUACCUCUCCCUCCUCAGACGCCUUCCCCACUUGGCACUCACCCCCCUUGUAUGCAGUGUUAGCCAUCUUUGGCCUAUGUGGACAUUUUUUGUAAAUUACAGUUUCCAGAUGGCAUUAAACUUUUUAUAUUACGAAAUUUACCAUGUAAAAAGAACUUCAUAUUUUUAUUGAGAUUGUUAAGGCACUUGGCCUUCCUUUGUGAUUUCAGUGUCUAUUAAAGCAUGAAUUCCCUCGGUUUUAA